CAAUUUCACCACCAUUUCAAUUCUAUUCAGCUGCUUAUCGCUUUUCGAUCAACCAAAAACCCGAAAUAUGACAAAGGCCGUACGUUUGGAAGAGGGUGAUGCAUCCAAAGUCCCAGUGCCUGCUGGUUCAAACAAAGCGGUUUCCAUCAUGGAUCUUGUUUCUCGCCUUGUUGGUAUUACGGGUACUUUAGGUGCCGCCAUUGCCAUGGGAACCAAUGAACAAACUCUACCUUUCUUUACUCGGUUUGUGCGUUUCGAUGCACAAUAUGAUGAUUUUCGGUCUUUCAGGUUGUUUGUGGUUGUCAACGCCAUAGUUUGUGCAUAUUUCUUCCUCAGCAUCCCGUUAUCCAUCGUUCACAUCAUGAGGAGUGCGGCAAGAGGAACCAGAAUCCUCUUGGUUAUCCUCGACACGAUCAUGCUUGCUCUUCUCACUGCGGGGGCAUCUGCCGCGGCAUCAAUCGUGUAUCUGGCUCACAAUGGGAACAGUUCCACGAAUUGGUUGCCAGUGUGUCAACAAUACGGGGACUUUUGUCAGGGCGCAUCUGGUUCGCUCAUUGGAUCGUUUGGAGGAGUCGUCGUGUUCAUCCUCAUCAUCUUGCUUGCUGCCAUUGCCUUAUCUCGACAAGCAAAACGCGUGGUUUGAUUAAUUCGUCAUCAAUUUGUUCGGUCGUGUGUAACUUCACCUUGUGUUUCCGGAUUGAUAUCGUGUGAAAUCUCUCAUAUUUGAAUGAAAUGUAACAAAGUUUGAUUAAAUUUUGGAGUAUUUUUUAUGUUCA